AGAAAAAAAAUUAAAGUCGUAAUUAGAUGGGAUUAUUAUUGAUAUGAUCGAGUAUGAUUGAGAGAGAGAUCCCGUAAGAAGUGUGCCAGCUGGGUCCUCCUCCUCUCGUGCCAAAAUUGAACUGCCUACCUAUAUCUGCCUGCCACCACUGCACUUCCAGCCACCCAUUUUCAUGUUUCAUUUUAUUUAUUAAUAUUUAUUUAUUUUCAUUUCAUUUUCAUUUUCUGUCUGUCUCUCUAUAUAAUAUAAAUAAUAAAAAAAUAGGUUACUGCUGCUCUCUCUGUUCUGUUCUGUGCGAGUCCACUCAAUUCAAUCAUCAAUCAACUGUAAUUUAUUUUUGUUCAUUCAAAUUCCUUUCCAAUUAUUAUUAUUAGAAUAAUCGGAAGGAAUUUGAGUGAGUGAGUAAUCAUCAUCAGAAUAAUCAGAAGAAUCAGAAUCAGAAUCAGAUGACUGUACCGAUAGCUAUGCAGUCGACUCCGGGAAGUUCAGGUUACUUGGAUAUGCAUCCUGACCGUAAGAUGUCCUUUUUCAAGAAUCCUUACAUUCUUGGUCUCGCCGCUGUCGCCGGCAUCGGUGGUCUUCUCUUCGGCUACGACACCGGUGUUAUAUCAGGAGCUCUUUUGUAUAUUAAAGAUGAUUUUGAGGAAGUUCGCAACAGUAAUUUUCUACAGGAAACAAUUGUUAGCAUGGCAAUUGCUGGUGCAAUUGUUGGUGCCGCAUUUGGUGGUUGGAUUAAUGACGCUUAUGGAAGAAAGAAAGCCACACUCUUGGCGGAUGUUAUCUUUAUUCUUGGAGCAAUUCUCAUGGCUGCAGCCCCUGAUCCUUAUGUUCUCAUAGCAGGACGUCUUCUCGUUGGUUUGGGUGUUGGCAUAGCUUCUGUUACUGCUCCUGUUUAUAUUGCAGAAGCAGCACCCUCUGAAAUUAGAGGUUCAUUAGUCAGCACUAAUGUCCUCAUGAUUACGGGUGGACAGUUUAUUUCCUAUCUUGUUAAUCUUGCUUUCACCGAGGUUCCCGGAACAUGGCGAUGGAUGCUUGGUGUUUCAGGUGUGCCUGCACUUAUUCAGUUUGUUCUCAUGCUCUUCCUCCCUGAAUCCCCAAGAUGGCUAUUUUUAAAGAAUAGGAAAAACGAAGCUGUCGAUGUAAUUUCUAAGAUAUAUGACUUGUCUCGCUUAGAGGAUGAAAUUGAUUUCCUAACUGCUCAAUCCGAACAAGAGCGCCAAAGAAGGAGUUCUAUCAAAUUCUGGCAUGUUUUCAGAUCAAAAGAAACCAGACUCGCCUUCCUUGUUGGAGGAGGACUUUUGGCUUUUCAGCAGUUUGUAGGUAUAAACACGGUCAUGUACUACAGUCCAACAAUUGUUCAAAUGGCUGGCUUCCACGCCAAUCGGUUGGCUCUUAUUCUGUCCCUCAUAGUUGCCGGCAUGAAUGCUGUUGGAACAAUUCUUGGCAUUUACCUUAUUGACAACACAGGCCGGAAAAAAUUAGCCCUUUGUAGUUUGGGAGGAGUAAUUGUAUCCUUGAUAAUCUUGUGGCUAGCAUUUUAUAAGCAGCAAUCAUCUACAAAUGAAGUGUAUGGAUGGCUUGCAGUUAUAGGGCUAGGCCUUUAUAUCGGUUUCUUCUCGCCAGGAAUGGGUCCGGUGCCAUGGACUAUAAACUCAGAGAUAUAUCCUGAAGAAUAUCGAGGUAUAUGUGGGGGAAUGGCAGCUACCGUGUGUUGGAUUUCAAAUUUGAUUGUGUCAGAGAGCUUUCUUUCACUGGCGGAUGGUAUCGGUAUCGGUUCAAGUUUCUUGAUUCUUGCUGGUAUAGCUGUGGUGGCAUUUCUCUUUGUACUUCUGUAUGUUCCAGAGACUCAAGGAUUAACAUUUGAUGAAGUGGAGAUAAUAUGGAGGGAGAGAGCUUGGGGCAAGAACCCAAACACAGAAAACCUUCUUGAGCAGGGAAGUCAAUCAUAAGUAUUGGCAUGGUUAUGUGUCUUGUAUCAUUCAUUUAAGUACUUGCUUCAUUCCAUAAACACAUCUUGGUACUAUAUAUUGUUAUAUUUAUGAAUGUAUUUGCAUGUCACAUCAAAAUUUUGAUGUCACAUACGAUGUUUCUUUGGUGUUGGUAGGAAAAUACAUCUAUAAAUUAGUUUUUAAUUA